CAUUGUAUUUAUCUUUGGUGUGAAAUCCAGUACAUGUUCCUGUUGAAAAUACAAUUGAACAAAACAUUCCGAGAAAGCCUAUUUCAUUGUAUUUAUUUCAUUUGCCCUAUUUCCUGUAAAAACCUGCAUGUCAUGCUUUGCAUAUGAAGUGAGCGCGCUUUGCACGGAAAGAGGCCAAGGCCCGCUUUGGUGCAGUGUGUUGUGAUGCUGCUGGCGCUCAGUGGGUGGAGGAAACGUAAGCUGUGGAGGAAAGAGUGACAGCAAGGACGGGCGGAGGUAGAAUGAGGCGACACCAGUACCACAAGCAAGUAAGAGGAACAGCCUGAAAGAAGAAUACAGGGAGCGGUGCAGCUUAAGGAUGGGCCUUAAAGUGCAAUAUUUAGUGAGUGUGCUGUUUUCAUCUGCACAGCUGCUGCUCACCAUACCGCUGCCUGAGAAGGACUACUUCUACAUCCAGCAAGACAAAGCGUGCAAAAUGUGCCCUCCAGGUGAGUUCCAGAAGUCGUGUGAGCAGUGCGAGCCAUGUCCCGCAUGGAGCUACACCACCAACUGGAACGCCGAGGACAGCUGCCAUCGUUGCUAUGGCGACUGCAGGCCUGAGUUUAACCAGAAGGUGAUUGAGAACUGCACCAGCAGGUCAAACCUCAAGUGCGCAUGCCAGGCUGGCUUUCGCUGCACAGAGGUGGCGCCGUAUAGUCAGAACUGCAGGAACUGUGUCAAGAUAAGGGACGCGGCCAUAUUGGCAGCAACAACAACAACAACAACAGUAGCUGCUGUGACUUCAGACGAAGAUAAACAGACUCCUUCCUCAGCAGACAGCAGCAUCUCUGCCAGAUUGUGCUUUCCAGAAUGUGAUGCUCGGCAUGGAAACAAUGCACACAUUAACAAAGCAGAGAGGAACACCAUCCAGCUGGUGGCCAUCGUGUGUCCGGUGGUCGUCCUGGUAACCGUCUCCCUGGCGAUCCUGUUCUGCAUCUGUCGGCCCGAAGAUGAAACCUGCCUGAAGAGAGCUGUGGUGAAGUUGCACAACAAGGGUGGUGGAGAUGCUGCAGGCCAGGAGACGGAGGAGCAUUUCCCCAUAGAGCCAUCUGGUGCUGUGCAUGUCCACAAUGCAGGCACAGUCAUCUUCAGCUGGCUCAGCCACUUUACCGGCCAAGUGGGCCCCGUCAUGGAAGCCAGGAGGGUGGCAGGGAAGGAGGAAGAUGAGGAAGAUCAAGCCCCUCCUACAUUGUAUACUCAACCUGUGAGCUCACCCAGCCUUCCCCUCUCUGAGGAGGAGAGGAGCAGCAAAGUAGCAGAGGUCUUCUUCCCCUCUCAGGAGGAAGGCAAAGAGUGGCACGUGUCCAAAGAGGAGGUGUUCUGAUGGACGACUGAAAAGACUACGGCUGCAAGGUUCACAAAUGUGAGAGAGUAACAACUGUCUGGUAGGAAUGAAGUCCAGAAUAUGUUUGAUGGUGCACAACUUUCUUGCAAUGUGUGACAUGACAGAAUAUGGUCAUAUUUACUGUAAGUUGUUUGUUUUGCCUUUCAGGUCCAUUGCAAUCAAAGCUAUGCUAACUUGCGAGCUAAACUACACUUAGGAUCAUUUACUGUACCUGACAUCGCCCGUUUGCUUAUUAUUGGAUGAACUGAUGCAAAACUUGAAUGCAGAUUUAUUUGAAUGAACAUAAGAAAGUGGAAGUGCCUAUGAAAGAAAAAUUGUAUGUAUUUGAAAAAGCUUCUUUCAGCACAAUCUUGGAUAAAAAAAAGCAGAUUGUAUGCAGACUUCAACUUCUACAAUGCGCUUGCAGGACAAAAAUGGGUUAUUUUUAUUUGAAUGCAACAAGAAAAAAGUACUGUGGUCUGUGAGUCGUAUUUAUUACUUUCUUACUUUGUUUAAUUCUGAUAAAACAUGUCCGUUAUCAUGUGUGUAUAGGAUACAGGUUUUAUCACAUUGUCAAUCAUAACUUUCUAUGAGAUGUGUCCUUCUUUUUUUGUUUCUUAGCUGCACUUCUUUUGGAAAGUUUAUGAAACAUUUUCAAACUCUAAAUGUUAAAUAAGGUAAUCAAAAUAUUAGAAAUGGCUGUCGGUAUGACGCAGUACACCACUGUGAACUUCAACCACAAUAAUUCACAUAUUGCAUAUAUUUAACGUCGUAGUCUUGAGAAAUUACAUUUUAGUUGGACGCAGUUUUUAGCAAAAAGCUGCCAGAAAGGAGGACUUUAGAGCUGUUUCUCUACAAAAGUAGAAAAACAACUUGGAUUGUGUUUCCCUCGAUGGUUACCUGCAGCGAAACGUGUGCAGCCGGCAACAUUUUCCAUCAAAAUCGCGUCACAUGCAAGAGAAUUGUGUUGAAAAGAACCGUUCAUUGGAUGAUCAGGGACCUGAUGGACAGAGCUUCAGCUGCAAUGAAGACGCAAACAUCCCCUGCAUUGAAGGUUGCCAUCAGUGCACAGCUUGCAGAAGUCACAGCACACUUUGUUUGGAUUUGCUACAUGAGGCUAAGGGGUCGCUUGCUGGAACCACAUGUUGCGUUCUGGUACACUUCGACCUCACUCAUGUUCCUCCUUUUCUUCCUGUUCCCGUAUGAACUGUCUUAAGGUGUGCACUCUUUUCCAAACUAGCAGUUUGUUCUUGUCUUGA